CACACACACACACACAAAACAAUAUAAAACAUUUAAGACGGAAUGCAAAUGAGGCAUUAUCAAUUAUAAUACACACAUAAUUAAAACACAUACAAGCUUCGGGUCCAAUGUUUCCAGUAGCAAGAUGUGUACCUUGUAAGUAAAACUAUAUACCGUAUUUUCCGCACUAUAAAGGCGCACCGGAGUAUAAACCGCAGCAGCUAAAUGGAAUGAUGUGUAGGCUUACUGAUUUAAACUUCGAAUACUAAUUUUCAGAGUGGCCGUUAGCUGUAAAAAUCCAUAGAUUAGCCGCAUCGUUAUAUAAACCGCAGAUUCGAAAAAUGGGGAAAAAAGGCAAGGUUUAUAGUCCGAUCAAGAUUUCAGAAAUAGUAGGAUAUGCAUACCCCUGACAUAACGCAUGUACUACAGUAUAGUAAAAGCAGCGAUUUCCCGAUUUCCCUGUUUAAUCAUAGCAUAUAUACGGGAUAGAUAACAGCAGAGAUCGCUUCCAUUAGCAUUGUUUGGGAAACAUUUUUAAAGCAUUUGUAACGCGUACGGACUACUCGCAUAUCACACAAACACCACUAAUAAAGACACUUUAAAGCAUGUAUACUUACUUAUGAUGUCUUUUUCAUCAAGCUUCCUGGAAAUCGCUAAAAGUAAAUGUGAGCAGAGUGACCAGAAAGGUGAAAACACGGUAAAGUAGGGGAGGAAGCAAUACGUGUUUGACAAUUGGGCACUGAUGGGAUGUAAUUAGGAUGUCUAUAAAUACACCUGGGCUUCCAUGACGUGGAAUCUCUUUGGGGCUUUCGAGAGCAGGGAACUCAGAACGCUGGGGCUGUAGAGCGACGUCGGGUGUCUGUCUUAAUUUAAACUACAUCGUGACUCAAGCCUGUGACAGGCGUUGGCCGCAGCUGGGGGAUCGGAGACGUUUGCUGCAGCCGGGGAAUCAGAGCGAUCGGCGGGUGUGCAGCGGGGAUAAGGGGGAACGGCAGACACGCACCGACCCUUGACUCCAGCUCCAGCGUGUGGCCACUGUUUUCUUCUCUCCCUCUCUAUAGUUUACGUGUGUGCGCGUGCGCAUACCGGCGAGUGGGAAUGUGUUGGUGCGCGUGAGUGACUGUGGCCGCAUACCGGCGGGUUGGUGCGUGUGAAGGACCGUGUCCGUAGGAGAAUAUAGGGAUAAGGUGGGGUUAUUUAUUGGGCAAGUACAAUUGGGUGGGAUGGGCAGUUAGGCUCUGGUCUCUUUAUUCGAUAGGCUGUAUUUGUGGUCCCUUUUGUUUGGUUUGUAGAGUAAUACUGUUUUGGAGUGUUUUGCUUUGCGUGCUUUAUGUUUGGUUUGUUACUUUCUUUUCUUUAUUGUAUGAGUGCUGUGAUUUGCUUUGACCAUAUGCUACAGUUCUAUUAUUGUGAGGCUAGUGGUCCCCUGUUCUGUCAACUAUCAAAUUGUGCAUGUCUUAUACUUCCCUUAUCAUCCUGUGUGCCUGUGGGCUUUACUUUUAAAACCAAAAGAACCAAGAAAUAAAUAAUUUUGUACUAUAUCACCUGUGCCGAUACAAUCCUUCGAUACCAGCGGGGAGGUAGAUUUCUUGGGUUGGGGUGCCUCUGGACAUGCAGGGGCUGGCGUUGUCUAUACUAGGUAGCAAGGGUCACAUAUUUGGCGUUGUCGGCAGGAUUGCACAGGUGAUAUAUUUUUCUUUGGUUUUGUAUUGUGUUUUUCAAUAUACAUGAAAUGUUGGUACAUGUGAGGGAGAGGAAAACAGUGGCUACAGAUUAGGGUCCGAGUAAUUAGUUCUGUGAAAUACUAAAGACAGUUUAGGUGGCAUUAUUACUGUUGCUGAUAGGUUUGUUUCUUUUACUCGUUUUCAUUCGUGAGUACAUUUGAUAAGUUCAACUGUGAUGUCUGAUGAAGAGCGUGACCGUUCAAUGGAGGGGCAAUUUAGGGCCUUAACUGAGCUGGUUAAGCAGCUUCAGGCAGACAAUGAGCGGUUAAAGGGGGGCAGGCCAUCUCCUAAUGAGGAGGGAGGAGAGAGAGCAACUCUUGCUAGUGGAGCAGAGAGAUACAUUUACUUACCCCGAGAAAGAAAAUGCCCUAGAUUCUCAGGACAAGCUACUGAUCCCAUGCCAGUGAGAGAAUGGGUAGAGGGAGCCCGUAGAGCUGUGGGAGGACGACACAUGUCGCGGGGAGAACAAGCAUUGUUUAUACUGGACCACCUUGAUGGGGAGGCAAAGAAGGAAAUCAGAUUUCGCCCAUCCACUGAUAGGAGUAAUCCAGAUAAAAUAUUGGAAAUAUUGAUUGAGAUUUUUGGGUGUACCAAAUCUUUCAUUACUUUACAAAAACAAUUCUUCCAGAGGAAACAGCUAGAGGGGGAAUCUGUCCGUGAAUUUUCACAUGCUCUUUUGACUAGCAUGGAAGCCAUCAAAUGUAGCAACCCAAAUGGUAUCCAUAACCCUGAUGGUAUGGUAAGGGACCAGUUUGUCGAAAAUGUAAGAGAUGGGUUGUUGCGCAGAGAGCUCAAACGUUCAAUAAGACUUGACCCUGAAUCUUCUUUCUUUGCAAUUCGCAGCGAGGCUGUCCGCUGGGUAGAGGAAGGAGAGCAUCCAAGUACUCCACGAGGCAGGGCCUACUCGUGUGACUCUAGAAUGCAAGUACUGGGUGAGUGUAGCUCAGAAAGACAUACUACAUCUGUAAGGCCAGUAGAUGACCUAGCUGAACUAAAAGAGUGUUUCCGUAAUCAACAAGCACAACUAAAUGCUAUUCUAGAGAGAUUAGGCCCCUCUUCUUAUCCCACUGAGAGACUAGGCCCUUCUUCCUACCCCACCGAGAGACUAGGCCCCUCUUCUUACCCCACUGCCCCGCGACAAGGCCCAAAUGGCCCCCACCGGAAGCCUCCUCGAUUCCAACCUGAUGGCCAACCAAUCUGUUUGCGCUGUGACCAGCCGGGUCACAUUGCCAGGUUUUGUUCCGCAUCCAGUAGACAUAAUGCAGGGCCUGCUGGGCGGAGGGAAACGACUGCCUCCAGUCAAAUAGUAGAGGGGUUGACCAACAUGGCUAGCCAACAGGAAAACUAGAGCCCUUUGGUGGCAAGAGCCAACCACCAGCCGGGGACUUUGAGGGCUCGUCUAUCUCUUCAAAACAUCUAAAAAGACUUAUUGGGGCUUGCCCCUCAGUUGAGGUAAACAUGGGGGGGGUGACUAUACCGUGUCUUCUGGACACCGGGUCCAUGGUAACUACCAUACCCGAGAGGCUUUUCCACCAGCACUUUGAUACUGGGGUUUCAGUUCCCUUACAGCAAUGUAUUUGGUUACAGCUCAGGGCAGCAAAUGGAUUAGAUAUUCCUUAUCUUGGCUACCUAGAGCUAGAUGUGACAGUCUUGGGGAAGACCCUCCCUCAGAUGGGCGUUCUAGUAGUAAAAGACCCACCUACUCCACUGCUUCAGGCAAGCAAGCCACGAAUCUCGGGACUGUUAGGCAUGAAUAUUAUCAAUGGCUGCUAUAACGAACUAUUCCGCCAGCACGGAUCCUCUUUGCUUCAGUCACAGUCGGUGAAACAAGCAGGAGAUGCAUGGAAAGAGGCUUUUUCAGAGUGCCAUAGAAUUGACUGCUUGUCACCCACCGGCCUUCUAGGCAGAGUGAGGGUUAAAGGGCGGGCCCCUGUACGUGUCCCUGCAGGCACUUGGAAGAUGAUACCAGCAAAUUGUACUCAGCAACUUGGGCGUGCCUUACCAUCUGCUUUGUUCGAACCUAAGGCCGAUAACUGGCCAAAUGGCCUGCUGGCCUCUCCAGCCUGGUUGCCAGUCGGGCGGGGGGAGGUAUGGGUACCAGUGGUUAAUGUAGGUAUGCAAGACACCUGGUUGCGCUCUGGUACAAUUCUGGGUGAACUGUUCAUGGCAGACGCUAGACCUGAGAAAGAGGCAGUGAUUUUUGAAGAAUCCGACCACCCCUAUCCAGCUGAUCAUAUACACACUGUAGAAGCUCACCCAACAUCUGUAGAUUUGUCAGAAAUGUCGUGGCCAAACCUUUGCCCAGAACAGGCACAGCAAGGAAAAGCCCUGCUGUUGAAGCAUAGUGCAGUAUUCAGUAAGGAGGAAGGAGAUUUGGGAUGCACAAAUAUAAUCCAGCACCAAAUUCCCCUGCUUGACACAACUCCCAUACGGCAACGAUAUCGUCGACUACCACCUUCUCAAUAUGAAAUCGUGAAGGCACAUAUUGGGGGACUCUUAGACACUGGUGUGAUACGUCCAAGCUGUAGUCCAUACUCAUCCCCUAUUGUAG